AUGUCUCUAAUACCUCUUCCACCAUCCCUAGUGCCGUUCUUAGCCAACUAUCUCCCCAAUGGAUCUCGUUCAAACCGUCCCUUUGUGACUCUAACAUGGGCCCAAUCUCUUGAUUCCCGCAUUGCUGCGGCACCUGGAACCCAGACAGUCAUCUCGCAUUUGGAAACCAAGACCAUGACCCACUACCUCCGUGCCAACCACGACGCAAUUCUUGUGGGCAUAGGAACAGUUCUUGCCGACGAUCCCAAACUAAGUUGCAGAUACCAUGGUGGCCCCAAUGGAGGACGCAUUAGACCCGUGGUGGUGGACCCAAAUGGAAAGUGGAAGUACGCAUCUUCGACAUUGCACAAGAUAUGUCAACAGGGCGACGGAUUAGCUCCAUAUAUAGUCACCAACACAAACACAAGGUACUCGCAAGAAGAUAUGGCGGUAGUGGAGGCCCAGGGCGGAAAGAUCUUACAUAUAGACUUCAAAGAUUCCAGUUUAGCCAACUGGGAUACCAUCUUUCGUGCAUUGCACCUUGAAAACAUAAACUCAGUGAUGGUUGAAGGUGGUGCGGUGGUAAUCAACCAGCUCUUGCAGUCAUUCCUUGUAGAUAGUGUGGUAGUAACGGUCGGCCCAGUUUUCUUGGGCAAGAAUGGCGUGGAGGUAUCGCCGAGACUGGGAGUGAAACUUCAAGACGUCAAAUGGUGGAAUGGAGUGCAAGACGCCGUGAUGGCAGCCAGAUUGGCCUAG